GGUGGCUUUCUGCAAUAUCCACUGUGUAUAGUUUACUACCCUAAAAGCGAGACGGGAGCAAUCGCAGCCUCACAAACGUCGAUUCACAGACUUGCCCUUUGUCCCCCCAAGUUGAAAGCGAAGAAGUGAAAUGGCGGCUGCUACAACAACCACGACGGCUGCUAGAGUAACGGCGUUCGCCGGAGGAGUGUUGCGGUAUCCCCGGUCUAUACCCUCCCCGGCUUCCUAUUUCCUGAAGCCGUUCUCCGCUAGCUCCUGCGCUCUGCGUCUCAGCAGCCGGGCACUGUCUUCGCCGUCAGCCAAGGGGCGGCGAUUCUAUACUUGCAGAGCUAUCUACAAUCCCGAGGUCCAAAUCAAAGGCGAAGGCCAACCGGAGACUCUCGAUUACCGUGUAUUCUUCGUGGAUCACUCCGGCAAAAAGGUUUCGCCGUGGCACGACGUGCCGCUUCAAUUGGGCGAUGGAGUUUACAACUUCAUUGUGGAGAUUCCCAAAGAAAGCAGUGCCAAAAUGGAGGUGGCGACCGACGAGCCAUUCACUCCGAUCAAGCAAGAUACGAAGAAAGGGAAGCUUCGUUACUAUCCAUACAACAUAAAUUGGAAUUAUGGGCUGCUUCCUCAAACUUGGGAGGACCCUUCAUUUGCAAACAAUGAAGUUGAUGGUGCUUUUGGGGAUAACGAUCCAGUUGAUGUGGUUGAGAUAGGAGAGAGGCGAGGAGAGAUUGGUGAAAUUCUUAAGAUCAAGCCACUGGGUGCUUUGGCCAUGAUUGAUGAAGGCGAGCUUGAUUGGAAAAUAGUUGCUAUUUCUUUAGACGACCCAAAAGCUGCACUUGUGAAUGAUGUUGACGACGUCGAGAAACAUUUUCCGGGGACUCUUACUGCAAUCAGGGACUGGUUCAGGGAUUAUAAAAUUCCUGAUGGCAAACCUGCAAAUAAGUUUGGUCUUGGAAACAAGGCAGCAAAUAAGGACUAUGCACUCAAAGUGAUCAAAGAGACCAAUGAAUCUUGGGCGAAGCUUGUUAAGAGAUCCAUUCCGGCAAAUGAUCUUUCCCUCGUGUAGUCUGAAGCGCAGAUGAAAGAAUAAACAUUUCAGUUGGCUCUGUCGUCACCAAAUUGCACAUCUUACAUUGUUUUGCAUCUGCAUAUUAGUUGUGUCUUUUUCCUUUGGCGUUGGCCCCUAAGUUAAGUAUUGACUUGCGGCUCGUAAGUAAUAAUGAUAUAUCUUAUGUAUAUCACCAUUUCUUUAUCAUUGAAGAGCUGCUUCUGUUUCGUUUUUUUUUUUUUUUUAAGAGCCACCUUUACGUAUUGUCAUGCUUGGUUGUUUCCUACUAUUAGAAUUGUAGUAGAAACAGGCUCUCGGCUGCCAGGUCGACUCAUUUCGGCUUAAUAACCGCGAGAAUCGGACUGCUCGGUCGGCAAGCGGUCAGAAUGAUUAACUGUCUGAACUACCCCAAAGGAUG